UUUGCUGUGAGAAUUAAGAUGGCGACCAGCGAUGAUGAACCCUUGCAUCUUUACGAAGUGUUUCAAAAUUGUUUCAAUAAGAUAGCAAAUAAACAGCCUGACAAGGCAGGCUUCCAGUCGCCGUAUGGCACCAUGGAUAAUGGCAUGGCGUACGCUAACAGCUACGGUGGAACGGGGAAUGAAACGUUCGGCCCUGAGUCUCCAUUUUUCCCGUUCGGCAACGCGCCGCGCCGGCCGCCGGUCACAGGGCCGGCGGUGAAAAAUAGGAAGAAGGAGACGCUGGACCCGACGGACGGAACAGACGUUGUAGGGGCUCAGCACUGGAGUACGUGUCAGGUUGUGUGUAUGGACAACAUGCAUAGACAGCCGCCAUCUUUACACCAUUCGGCAGUGGUGGAUCGAGCGGUCGAUUCGGAGCCAGUUAUCUACCUCCGGCUCACUAAUAGUAUCCAUAGUUCUGAAGACGAUAUAAAGUUGCAUAACAACAAUAACCGACAUCAUCUGACAUACAAGAUGCCAGGAUUAGUGGAGCCUGACAUGUCACUACCUGAAGAAGGUGGUUUCCUGCCGGCCUACAGCAACGCCACCUACACCACUAGCCAUCAGUAUGGAUCAGACGAGUUUGGACAGGACUCGCCUCGUUACACCUCACCCAAGACAGCCAGUCUCUAUGGCGACUCCUACUACAUUGAUGGCAGUGGCGCAGGAACAGGGGAUCCCUGGUCCAGUGGGGGUCAGCUACAGUCAGGGCCCUACACGGGGUACGGUUCGUCUGCAUCACUUCUCUCGGGGGCACCAGCGCCUCAUCUGUCCCAAGUAGGCUUCCCCCCUCCAACCAUGCACAUACCACAUGACCCAAUGGGUUAUGGCACCAUGUCUCCUGGUGGCGGUGUACAGCAGGAUCCCACGUCCUCAGUACCCACAUCUCUCCUCUCCAACUCAACCACUGGUCUUCCUCCCAUGUCAACUUUCCGUGGGAGUGGAGGAGGCGUGGCGGGUCCAGGUCCAGGGGGGCAGGUGACUUCAACUGGCGCUCCUGGUGUGGUCGGUGUUCCCACAUCGAGCCCUGCGCAAGCCCUCUACUGUGGCAGUCAUAGUCCAGCGGUCGGUGUCCCGCAAUCGCAGACGUCCGGAGACACCCUCGGCAAAGCUCUGGCCUCAAUCUAUCCGACCGACCAGAGCGUAAGCAGCUACAGUUCAAACCCGUCUACACCCGUCAGUUCACCGCCGCCCCUAACAGCCGGCGGGCCUGGAGGUGGCAGUAGCGGGGCAGGCGCAUGGCCACCGAGCGGCGCGACGCCAGGGGCAGGGCCACAGCAACACAAUCACACGCACCCACAUGCGGCCACCCCCACCUCACCGCACUACACACCCACACCCAGCAGUGCGAGCGUAGCUGCUCCUGACCGCACGAUACACAUGGCCGCCCCCGAGCAGCAGAGGUUAGAUGAUGCAAUUGGGUUUCUGCGAGAUCAUGCUGAGGGCACGCGGAUGGAGGAGAGACUCGACGAUGCCAUCAACGUGCUGAGAAAUCAUGCCGAGAGCCAGGCACUGGGUCUUCAUGCCAUAGCUGCCUCCAGUGCCGCCGCAGCAGCUGCUGCCAACCUACAAACACAUUCCAACGGCCUGCUUGGCCCGUACCACCACACUGCGCAACCCACACUGGAUUCACAUCUGGUACGAGAACUUUGCAGUGCCAGUCCACAUCCUGGCACUCCGGGCUCAACGGUUGGAGCACCGCCAACCUCCUACCCAGGUCUUGCCCCAACACCUGAUACUGACGGACCAAUUAAGAUUGAGAGGCUGUCUGGAACAACUGCAAAGAAGCGGAAGGAGCCACCUGGACUAUCUGAUACGAAACCGAGCAGCAGUGACCUUGUCAGCAGUCAGGCAAGCACGGGUGCCAAUACAACAGCCCCUGCCAACUCCACUUCAGGGCAGAAGGGUUCAAAGCGGUCUCGGAGAUAUUGGUCCUACUGUUGCUCGAGUGCUGAUGAAGAGAUGGAGGAUCCUGGCACAAAGGCAGUGCGCGAAAAGGAGCGUCGCCAGGCAAACAACGUGCGUGAGAGUUGUUCGAGCGCGGAUGAAGAGGAAGAUCCUGAUACAAAGGCAGCAAGAGAGAAGGAGCGCAGGCAAGCCAACAAUGCACGCGAGAGGAUACGGAUCCGGGACAUCAAUGAAGCACUGAAGGAGCUUGGGAGGAUGUGCAUGACACACCUCAAGACAGACAAACCCCAGACGAAGCUCGGCAUCCUCAACAUGGCCGUCGAGGUCAUCAUGAACUUGGAGCAGCAAGUCAGAGAGCGGAAUCUGAACCCUAAAGCAGCUUGUUUGAAGAGACGAGAAGAGGAGAAAGCAGAGGAUGGUCCUAAGCUGGCAGGACAUCACCUCGGCCACCCGGGACCACCCCACAUGACACAGCCACCUUUCCCAGCAAUGCCAGGUCCACCUUUACCACACAACCCAUCUCAACCCCAGUAGCAGAGGGGGAUGAUCUUCGAACUCCCGCCAUUUUAUGAUUCCAGGUGAAGACCAUGGAAUGGGACUUUCCAUCAGGGGGUGGGAAAGUUAUCAUUUGCUGUGAAUGACAGUGUGUGUGAUGGAGCAACGCACAGCAUGGACACAAACUGACGUGUCACUGGGGGAAUGGACUAUGUGAAGAAUUUGUUUUUUUUUUUCAUCCUUUAGAAGGGUGUUACUUAGGAAGGAUUAACCUCUUCACCCCCCCAUGACAGACGGUAUUGGUAUCGGCAGUCGAUUUCCUAUCUUAAUCAUGUAAGUAUAUCGGAAACUAAGGCACAAUCAUUGAUCUUGGCCAGUACAUCUAGAAGAGAGAAGAACAUCAGUGUGUGUGUUACAGAGGAAAAAAUGAUGAUAAAAUCUCUUAAUACGAGAAAACAAUAAUUCCUACCCCCUUGAGUUCAAUGUUCCACAAAUAUAUGAAAAUAUAUAUAUACAUAUACUUUUUUCAUGAUGCCAUUUACAAACAUUUUCCUAUCAGCAAAUAAUAGCCAUAUUAUGAUGUCCCAGUCCUAUUAUUAUAUUUUAACUUGAGCUGCCUUAACAAAUAAUCCCCUCCCCCUCCUGUCCUUUAUUAUGUACAUUAUCAUAUUUUAUAGUUUUAUUAGUAAGUGCGACAAUAUGAAAGAAUGGUGAAAAAGUAUGAAGACGAUGUUUAUUGUAUGGAACGCAGCCUACCAACUGGAAGUGUUUAGUGUGUGAAAGAUUAUGGUGCAAGAGAAAGGAGUUAGAGUAGAUAGUUGCCUUUAUACAGACUUUUUCGGAAGAGUAAUAUAAUUGUUUUGUUUUUUGUCUGAAAAAAUUGGCACAGUUGAACGUCCCAAGAACAUUAUAGGAAAAAAAAAUCUAUUUGGAAAGAUACAAAUUAUGAAGGUUAUCUUCGGGUUAAUUGUAUAACAGUAAUAAAUAUUUUAGAAAUUACUCCUUUUUGUUUUGCUUUUUCAAGAAGUUGACAAACAUUAGGCCCAAGAGUGAUGGAUAUUGUGAAGUGAUAAAACUUUUGAGACAUUUUCAUUAGCAAGGUAUGUCUGCUUUGUAAUUUUCCAGCACGAGCAAUGAACGUGAACUGGAUUUUCUGACCGGUAUGUUGGGCAUGUUACAUAUGUGAUAAGCUGACAGGGCGUGGUUUGAGAUGAUUGUGUGGAAGGGGUUACAAAGAUCUGGGGAGGGUGCUAUUUUUAUUUUCAAUUAUUACAACUUUUUCAUUAAGUGGAAAAAUACGAAUUUGGUGAAUUAUAACUCUACCACGCAGAGAACAUACACAAUAAUGAACUGAAGUAAGAAUAUGUUCAAGUAAGGCAGAAAAUGGCCCACAGGUUUCAGAGAUUAAUUGGAAAUAUUAAUCACCUCCACUUAAUAAAAUUAUUGUAAAAAGUU